AUGGCCAACCUUAUGUCUGUAUUCGCCCCUAAGGGCGGUCUCGAAGCAACAACAACCGCCAUCAUCCUCCCCCCUUCUUCGCCAACCCCCUUCACCUUCACCUACGACCGCCUCCACCAGCUCGUGCUCGACCUUCAAUCGCAGCUUGCCUCCUUCAAUCUGGCUCCUGGUGCUGCAGUCAGCUCAUCGCUCGUGAACGGUAUCGAAUUCACCCUCGCUUUCCUGGCUACUGGUGCCGAGAGACUGGUCGCCGCACCUUUGAACCCCAACUAUUCGCAGGGUGAAGUCGAGUUCUACUUGCAAGACGCCAAGUCGCAGCUUCUCUUGCUGCCCAAGGGCGCGCUCAAGGCAGGUCACCCAGCUGUUGAAGCAGCAAAGAAGGUCGGUCGACUCGAAGUUGUUGAGAUCGUUUUCGACAACAGCGGAAUCGGCAGUGUCUCUCUCAUCCGAGCUGACGGCAGCAAAGUUGGCAGGAAGAACCAGAUUCGCAAGCCACAAGAUGAGGAUGUAGCUCUCGUCCUUCACACCAGCGGUACCACCGGUCGACCAAAAGGUGUUCCUCUCACCCACAAGAACCUCUACACAACCAUGGGCAACAUCAUCUCGACCUACAGCCUCACUCCCCAAGACCGCACUUACCUCGUCAUGCCGCUCUUUCACGUCCACGGCUUGCUCUGUGGUCUUCUUGCCACGCUACUUUCAGGUGGCAGUGCUGUCAUCCCGCCCAAAUUCUCUGCCAGUGUAUUCUGGAACGAACUCAGCACGAACAAUUGCAACUGGUACACAGCCGUUCCCACUAUCCACCAGAUGCUUCUCAACUCGCCUAUCCCCAACCCUGUCCCUAACAUUCGUUUCAUUCGAUCAUGCUCCUCCGCUCUUUCGCCCUCCACCUUCCACGCGAUCGAGAGGACAUUCAAAGCACCCGUCCUCGAGGCCUACGCGAUGACCGAAGCCGCUCACCAAAUGACCUCCAACCCGCUCCCGCCCGCCAAACGCAAACCUGGCACCGUCGGUAUCGGCCACGGAGUCGAAAUCCGCAUUCUCAACGAUGCAGGUCUGGAAGUCCCCCAAGGAACUAUCGGCGAAGUCUGCGUCCGUGGAACAAACGUCACCAAGGGCUACCUCAACAAUCCUAAGGCUAACGAAGAAUCCUUCGUCACCAACAGCCAGAACAAAGGUUUCUUCCGCACGGGUGACCAAGGCCGUAAAGAUGCUGAUGGAUACGUUGAGCUCGUGGGUCGUAUCAAAGAGCUGAUCAACCGUUCCGGUGAGAAGAUCUCACCACUCGAAGUUGACGCGGCUCUACUCGCUGUUGAGGGCGUCAAAGAAGCAGUAUCCUUUGCUAUGCCUGACAAGCUUUACGGCGAGAAAGUCGGCGCGGUUGUCAUCUUGCACAAAGACAGCAAGUUGGAUGAGAAGGCGAUUCAGAAGGCUAUGGAAGGUAAGAUCACUAAGUUCAAGAUUCCGGAAAGAAUCUGGAUUACCGACGCUAUUCCGAAGACCGCUACAGGUAAGAUCCAGAGGAAGAAUGUUGCAGCUACCUUCGUUAGGAAGGAUGGUGCCAAGUUGUAA